AUGGAAGAAGCGGCACAACCGCUGCUGUCCUCUCAUCGCAUUCACUCGGAAAUCGAAGAGUCCUUCCCGGUCUCCUUCUCGCCUUCUUCCGAUGCUGCUACUCCUCCUCGCCCCAAGUCUUGCCUCCACCGCGCAAGCAGCGCCCCGGCCAUGUCGGUCAUCCCCUGGGAUCUCUUUCUCCAGGAUUCGGAACCGAACCUCGAUACCUCCAGCCCGAUCAUCAAGCAUGCCUCCGUUCUGCUGCUGCUCUACCUCUCCAUCGGCAUGCUCGCCUACUUCUUCAACCCCCGGGGCUUCUCCGUCGUCCAGACCCACCCCGCUGUCGACGCUCUGUACUUCUGCAUCGUCACCCUCUGUACCAUCGGAUACGGCGACAUCACCCCCGUCACCCCGGUCACCAAAGCAAUUUCCUGCGUGUCGGUCCUCGUCGGCUUCGGCCUCAUCAACGUCCUGCUCACCGACGCCGUCAACCAUUUACUCAACUUGCAGGAGAGCGCCAUCAUCGACAGCGUCCGCGGCGCCAGCACCCGACACACCAGCUACAUUGUCGACGCUGAGAAGGGGCGGAUGAGGAUCCGCACGAAGGUGGGGCUAGCGGUCGGGGUCGUCGUGCUCUCUGUCGGGGUGGGGACGGUGGUGCUCCGCCUGCUGGAGAAUCUCGACUGGAUGGACGCCGUGUACCUGUCGGUGAUGUCGGUGACGACAGUUGGAUACGGAGAUCGGUCGUUCAAGACGACGCGCGGGAGGAUCUUCGCGUCCGUCUGGCUCCUGGUGUCCACCCUGGCUGUGGGCAAGGCGUUCCUCUACUUGGUGGAGGCCAGGAUUGAUAGGAGGCACCGGAGGAUUGCGAAGUGGAUCUUGAAAAGAGACUUGACGGUGAAGGAUUUGCUUGCAGCUGAUCUGAAUCAGAAAGGAUUCAUCAGUAAAUCAGAAUUUGUGAUACACAAGCUGAAGGAGAUGGGAAGGAUUGACGAGAAAGAAAUAUUGUCGAUCUGCAACCAAUUCAACAAGAUUGACCUGCACAACACCGGGAAGAUAACCCUCCCUGAUCUAUUGAGCGUCUCAAGAUGA